UUUCCAGCCAACCUAGGGUUUCUGCAACUAUUACGUUUUCAAUCUACAAUUGAGAUCUUUACAGCUCUCAACUGAUCAUCGAACGUAAAUGGCAGCCAUGACAGCUACAGCAUCACGCUCAUCCAAGACGGAGAGCUAUGUCGACAACAAGCGGAAGGACGAUAUCCGUAUGGCCAACAUCAAAUCCGCACGUUCGGUGGCGGACGCCGUCCGUACCAGUCUCGGUCCGAAAGGAAUGGACAAGAUGAUUUCGACAGCCUCCGGAGAAGUUAUCAUCACCAAUGACGGUGCCACCAUUCUCAAUAAGAUGGAAGUGCUUCAGCCCGCCGCUAAGAUGCUUGUCGAGCUUUCCAAGUCACAAGACGUUGUCGCCGGGGAUGGAACUACUACCGUCGUCGUCAUUGCUGGCGCACUUUUGAAACAAUGUCAAACCCUGCUCCAUGCCGGUAUUCAUCCAACUGUUGUAUCGGAUUCUCUCCACAAAGCCUCUGUGAAAGCGAUCGAUAUUCUUACAGCUAUGGCAGUUCCUGUUGAGCUCUCUGAUCGCGAAUCUCUCGUUAAAUCAGCCUCCACUUCCCUUAACAGCAAGGUAGUUUCACAGUACUCUACGCUAUUAGCCCCUUUAGCUGUUGAUUCUGUUUUAUCUGUUGUGGAUCCUGCAAAACCCGAUUUAGUUGAUCUUAGGGAUGUAAAAAUUGUGAAGAAACUUGGGGGAACGGUUGAUGACACAGAGCUUGUCAAGGGUCUAGUGUUUGAUAAGAAGGUUAGUCACGCAGCCGGUGGGCCUACUCGUAUCGAGAAUGCCAAAAUUGCUGUCAUUCAGUUCCAGAUAUCCCCUCCCAAAACUGAUAUCGAACAGUCCAUUGUAGUAUCAGAUUAUACACAAAUGGAUCGAAUUUUGAAAGAAGAGAGGACUUACAUUUUGGGCAUGAUUAAAAAGAUUAAGGCUACUGGUUGUAACGUUUUGUUGAUACAGAAAAGCAUUCUGAGGGAUGCAGUCACAGACUUGUCCCUUCAUUAUCUUGCCAAGGCCAAAAUUUUAGUGAUUAAGGAUGUGGAACGUGAUGAUAUCGAGUUUAUUACCAAGACAUUAAAUUGCUUACCAAUCGCAAAUAUUGAGCAUUUCCGUGCUGAAAAACUUGGGUAUGCAGAUAUGGUAGAGGAGGUUUCUCUUGGAGAUGGGAAGAUUGUUAGGGUUACUGGAAUUAAGGAUAUGGGUAGGACAACAACUGUCUUGGUUCGUGGGUCAAAUCUGCUGGUUCUUGAUGAGGCAGAAAGGAGUUUGCAUGAUGCUUUAUGUGUGGUUAGGUGCUUAGUGAACAAAAAGUUUUUGAUUGCAGGUGGUGGUGCCCCAGAGAUUGAGCUCUCGAGGCAGCUAGGUGCAUGGUCUAAGGUUUUGCAGGGGAUGGAGAGUUUUUGUGUAAGAUCUUUUGCGGAGGCUCUUGAAGUUAUUCCUUACACUUUGGCUGAGAAUGCAGGUUUGAAUCCAAUUGCGAUAGUGACAGAGCUUCGAAACAGGCAUGCUCAGGGUGAAAUCAAUGCUGGAAUUAAUGUGAGGAAGGGGCAAAUUACAAACAUUUUGGAGGAGAAUGUGGUGCAACCACUGCUUGUGAGCACAAGUGCUAUCACUCUAGCUACAGAGUGUGUCCGAAUGAUUUUGAAGAUCGAUGACAUCGUUACAGUGAGGUAGAAUUCAUACAAACUAAUCAAAUGUUUGGAGACUCGGGAUACAUUUACCAUGGUAUGGUUUCAAUUUUAGUUUGUUUUGGAUGUGUUUUAUGAAAAUCUAUGUUUUUCUAGCUGAUCCCCUUUUAUGUAAGUGUUGACUUGGUAAUUUGCUCAUUUUGUAUGACUCUUUGUUGGCCUGAGGAGCCAAUCGAUAUCUAUGAGCUCUUUUGGGUUCU